AUGGCCACCUGCCUGACUUCCUGCUGCCAGGCGCGCGACUACGACGGCCGAGUCUUCUACAUUGACCACAACACGCGCCAGACGUCUUGGAUCGACCCCCGCGACCGGAUAACAAAGCCAUUGACCUUUGCCGAUUGUGUUGGGGAUGAACUUCCUUUAGGAUGGGAAACUGUAUAUGAUAAACAAAUUGGAAUUUAUUACAUGGACCACAUAAAUAAGCUCACCCAGAUUGAGGAUCCCCGAGAGCAGUGGAGGCGGGAGCAGGAACGGAUGUUGAAGGAAUAUUUAAUUGUAGCCCAGGAGGCUCUCAAUGCCAAGAAAGAAAUAUACCAGAUUAAGCAGCAGCGGUUCGAGCUGGCCCAGGAGGAGUUCCAGCAGCUGCACAAGAUGUGUGAGGAUGACUGCCGCUCAUAUGCCAGCUCCUUCUCUGGAUAUUCAACAAAUACAAAGUAUGACCCUCACCAAAUUAAAGCAGAAAUCGCAGGUCGUCGGGAUAGGCUUUCCAGAUUAAAACGCGAGCUGGCUCAGAUGAAGCAAGAGCUGCAGCACAAGGAGAAGGGAGUGGAGACCCUGCAAGAGAUUGACCGUAAGAUGUCAAGUGCUCACACCAAUUAUAAGCUAGACGAGGCACAAGCUAUCAUGAAUGAACUCCGGACCAUCAAAAAAGCCAUUUGUACAGGGGAGAAGGAGAGGCGGGACCUGAUGCAGAGCCUGGCUAAGCUUACUGAUGGCUUCAAGAACUGCUGCUCUCUGGCAGAAGUGCUCCAAGAUGUCCCUCCCAAUCCGGGUGCACUUGGGGAUUCUUGUUUACCUCAACAGUUCUGUGAUGCUGGGUCUCAGACCGACAUCAUCGGAGAGUUUGUCUUUGAUGAGAAAACAAGACUUGUAGACCGAGUCCGACUUAACUGGCAGUAUGAAGAAGCCAGGAAGAGAGUCUCCAAUAUCCAGCAGCAGCUGGCCCAGCUGGAUAAUGAGUCCUGGCCGGGACUGGCUGAGGCCGACAAGGACCGGCUCCAGCUCCUCAAAGAGAAGGAAGCCUUGCUUCAGGAGCUCCAGCUCAUCCCUCAGCAGCGGAGGUCAGCAGAAGAAGUGACGCGGCUAGAGGAGGAGAUCCAGCGAGCCCGCGCCACAUCUGUGCAGGGCGCCACAGAAAGGAUUAUACUUCAGGAGAAAAAAAAUUCUCUACUUAAGCAGCUAGAAGAAGCUACCCGCUUAAAGUCCUAUCUCCAGUCCCAGCUGAAAAGCCUGUCUGCCAGCACCCUGACGGUCUCCUCGGGGAGCAGCCGGGGCUCGCUGGCCUCCAGCCGGGGCUCACUGGCUUCCAGCCGGGGCUCCUUGAGCUCCAUCAGCUUCACCGACAUCUAUGGCCUGCCGCAGUACGAGAAGACUGAUGUCGAUGGCAGCCAGCUUUUGCGCUUCGACCUAAUUCCCUUCGACUCCCUGGGGAGAGAUCCCCCCUGCUCUGAUUGCCCCGCCCCCACCAGCUUUAGCAAGCAGAGGCGGUCCCUGGACACUCCCCAGUCCCUGGCUUCUCUGUCUUCCCGCUCCUCCCUGUCCUCCCUGUCUCCCCCCAGCUCACCUCUGGACACGCCCUUCCACCCUACCUCGAGGGACUCUCCUUUGGCCCAGGUGGCCGAUGGCUUUGAGGUGCCAGGUCUGGGAGCGCUAGACAGAAUGAGGACCCAGGCCGCUGCUGUGGGGGAUGAAGAGCCGCAGGGAACAGCAGCCCUUCAGCCACAUCUGUUCCCCAGCGAUGGGGAAGGAUUGCGAGACCGAGGACCCCAACAAGCUGGGACUCCUGCGGGUGGAACAGUGACUCUUCGAGAAGACAGUGCCAGGAGGUUGGAGAGGAGAGCUCGCCGUGUCUCUGCCUGCCAGUCAGACUACUCACUAGCCAGUGACAGUGGAGUAUUUGAACCUUUAACCAAAAGGAGUGAAGAGGCCGAGGAAUCUGCGUCCAGCGAGGCCGGCCAUGGUGAAGAGCCCCAGAUCCGUGUAGGAUUUGUGCAUGAUAGCAACAGUGAGUGUCUCCUCGUGAAUGUGCUCCAACUGAAGAACUUUUCUGGAUUGGGUGUGAAAGAAAACUGCAAAAUACACAUCCGUGUCUACUUGCCGCCGCUCGACUCCAGCACGCCCAACACCUACUGCUCCAAGGCUCUUGAGUUUCAGGCCCUGUUGGUAUUUAAUGAAGUCUUCAGAAUCCCUGUGCAUUCAAGCUUAUCGACGUUGAAGUCUCUUCAAUUAUAUGUGUGCUCUGUGAAUCAUCAACUGCAGGAAGAGCUACUGGGUAUCGCACAGAUUAACCUGGCCAACUAUGAGAGUUCUGGCGAUAUGCAGCUACGCUGGUAUCCCGUCCAGGUCUUCACCAGCACUGGGCCCCAGAGGCCCCGGGAGAACGAGCGGGCAGAAGCGCCCAGAGCACGGGAGCCCACGCACUCCAACGUCGUGAAGACGGAUGCUGUCACCGUGCUACUGGCGAGAACCACGGCCCAGCUGCAGGCCGUGGAGAGGGAGCUGGAGGAGGAGCGGGUGAAGCUGGAAUGCACCAAGGAGGAGAUCCUCCAGGUGGAGCAGCGGGAAGGCCAAGUGGAAGCCAUGCCCGACAGGAGUUGGCAAGCUGACUCAGUCGAUAGUGGAUGCAGCAGCUGCACCCAGACUGGCCCUGUGUACCAAGAAUCAUGUGUGGGUGUCGAAUCCAUCCACGGACACCUCUUUGCUGGCCAGACAGACCCUUACCAACCUAAGCAACACCAGCCUCCACAUCCUAAGGUUGAUAAAGAAACCAAUACAGAAGAUCUCUUCCCUGAAGAACUUGCCAGUCUUCCAAAAGAGAGGGCUGGCCACAGGCCCCGCGGGUCUCCUUUUGUGCGCAGCAGCACGAUCGUCCGUUCACAGACCUUCUCGCCAGGAGCACGAAGCCAGUAUGUUUGCAGACUUUAUCGUAGUGACAGCGACAGUUCAACACUGCCACGGAAAUCACCCUUCGUCCGAAACACUCUGGAAAGACGAACCCUCCGCUAUAAGCAGUCCGGCAGCUCUUCCCUGGCUGAGCUCAUGGCCCGCACCUCCCUGGAUCUGGAGCUGGAUCUCCAGGCAUCAAGAACACGGCAGAGGCAGCUGCACGAGGAGAUCUGCACCCUUCGAGAACUGAGGCAGCGGUUAGAAGACGCCCAGCUCCGAGGCCAAACUGACCUACCCCACUGGGUACUUCGAGAUGAGCGAUUUCGGACCCUGCUGAAGGAAGCCGAGAGACAGACAAGACAGACCAAACUGGAGCACCAUCAGGAGCAGGCAGCUGAGAAGAUGCUGAAGAAAGCCUCCAAAGAGAUCUACCAGCUGCGAGGGCAAAACCACAAACAGCCCAUCCAAGUGCAGACUUUUAGGGAGAAGAUCGCCUUUUUCACAAGACCGAGGAUUAACAUACUUCCUCUGCCAGCCGACGACGUUUGAUGUAGUGCCUUGUACACAGGAAAUAUUUAUCUGCCUGUUUUAUUUCCAUGAAGUUCUUAUACUAGCUAAAUUUUUCUUUAAAGUGUUUGUGCAAAGCUAUUAAUAUACACAUUUUGUAAAAAACAAAAAAAACAAAACAAAAACACACACACACACAAACUGAUAUCUAUACCUAUCUAUUUUAUAAUAGUGACGGCAACAGGGCUUGGUUUUCCCUUGUUGUGAAAUUGACAUCUCUGAAGACACAUUAUUUUAUAAAAGAUCAAUUAUCAUGUUAAGAGUGUACAGUUUUUACGCUGUUUUAUUUGACUUAAAGGCUGGAAGACAGAAACGAAGUGAGUGCAGGCAAAUUCACUGUAUUGUAAUUUAUUUAUAGUACUUUUUUUUUCCUUGAAGGAAAAUCCGGACUUUAAGAUAUAUUUUAAGACUGAAACUUUGUUCUUCAGUAUGUGUCAUGCAGUAGAAUGGAGCUCGGGGGCUGGCUUGGUUUCUGACACCUGAAAUACCAGCGCAGUGUGUCCUUGGGGUCAUUUCGCCCAUGUGCGGUCAUCAUGUGUGUUGUAUGCUUUCACGCUCUGUGUGUUACGUUCCAAUACCAGCCGCUGUGUUGUAAUCGUGAUGCAAAUGCUGUGUAUGCAUUGCAGAGCUCAGCCUUAUAUUUGUGCUGGGCACUACUAACAGCUUCUUGUUUCUGUGUCGCCUUGUGCCUCUUUCUGAGCUUACCACGAGUUGAGAGCAGGUGCCAGAGGCUCAGCCCACCCAGGCUUUUCGCCUGCCUCUCUACGUGGGCUGUCUCGACAGUGCCCUUGUUCCUCAGACAAUGCCCAGCCUGCCUUGUGAGUCUGCGCCACCUCCUGGCAACAAACGUGCCAGGUGGCAGAGGAAAUCCUAUAUUACCGUGAAGGAAAGUGAAAAGAACUGGGAACGUGCAUUUUCAGUGAAAUCACUGAAGAAUAUAGCAGUUCAAACACAGACGUAAUAACCUUUGAAGAUGCUUGAUUUGUGAGUGACUAGCGUUAUACCAUGAGUCAUUUAUUGCAGGAGAGAGUUGAGUUUAAAUCUGAGUGUCUCCCUAUCCCCAUACUGGAAUCCACCCAAUAUUUCUCAAGCACUCUUAAAAUUAGCUCAUGAGGAAAAAAAAUGUGUGUAGUAAAAAUACACCUUUUUUUUUAAAAAAAGCCAAACUAUAGAACUCUUGGCUGAUCACAUUUUUAUUGUAUCUGAAUUGGACUCUCCCUUAGGAGGCUUGAUGGGAAAAUGAGGCGGAGCAUGUGAAUUGUAGAAGAAAACAACUCUCUCAUCCUAUAUCUUGCUUUCCCUCCAUUUGGAAAUGUAAUUUUUAAUCAGGGUCUCUCUCGUCGUGCUACUAUGUAACCUCCUCCCUUGUGUAACCAGCCUUCCUUUUUACAUUUAUUAAAAAUGAUUUUUAUAAAAACAUUUCAUUGACACACGACCUGUCACGGACAAUGGACUUUGUCAGUGGUGGUAAGACUGAAAACUUUAUCUUUUACAUGGUUGUCAUCUCUUGCUAUCUAUUCCUGACUUUAGUCUUGCCUUCUUUGUUGUUUGUUGAUAUACCCACCCACAACAGAGAUGGAGACAAACUCACAAAGCAUCAGUUCUUAGCCAAAUUGCCAGUCACGAGAUAGCAUUGCUGAGCAGUGAAGACAAUGGUAAGCGUUCUCUAUCCCUUUAAACAGACUUUAAGAAUGUAAGGAGCCCUGGUGACAUAUAGUGGAUUAUAAACUGGGCUGCUACCCGAAAGGUCAGCCGUGUGAAACCACCAGCUGCUCUGCAGGAGGAAGAUGAGGCUGUCUGCUCCCAUGCAGCGGUACUGUCUCAGAACCCACAGGGGUUCUACUCUCCCCUGUAGGGUGGCUCUGUGAGUCAGAAUUUGCUUUUUGGUUUUGAGAAGACUGUGCAGAGGACUCGUCAGUUCUGCCUCAAGCACACGGCUCACCCGAUGAGCUCUGGGUGACUUGCCUGUGGUCUUCCUCAUAGUGGCUGCCGCAUGUAGCUCUCCACAGAGGUUGAGGCAACUUUACUGUCAGCCUAUAUUAAGCAGCAGUAGGGGCCAAACUCAGCAUGCCAAGUAUUUUAAAAUAAAUUUCUGGUUUAUGCAGGCAUCUGUUUAUGGAGUGGUCCCCCUCACCCCCACCCAAGAUAUCUUUUUCCCCCCAUUUAAAAAAAAAUCUCACCUUUGCCUUACCAAAGGUGGGGAAAUGUAGCCCCAGCAUUUCAGUGUCUAUCCAUGGAGCUUGUGUGUUUGCCACCUUUCUGUGUUACCUCAGCACUGUAUGUGUUGGCUUUCGCAGCUAAACGGGGCCAUCACAAGGAAAGAGAAAACAAAUGAAGGAGGGAAGGGUGUUCGCCGUCUUUCCUGAAAAGGCAGACAGGCAAUGUGAGAGACUGGGCCAAGCAGACAAGGGGGCACAAAACACCCUAAUUCGCUUCUCAUGUGUGGCUUGAUUUUGCAACGUCUGAUUAGAAAUGUCCCACAUGUCAGAAAAAAUAACUUCUAAUGUUAAAUUUACAUAUAGGCUAUGCUUUCUAACGAGAAAACCCCUGCCGUGUUUUAGCAGGAAAUGACCAGAAUUCUGCCACUAAGGUGCUUUAAAAGUAGUGCUUAUGCUCCUUGCAGCUCAACGUUCUGCCAAACCAUAGGCCUAUCAGGUGAACCAUAACAUCCUGGGAGAUGAGAAGCGCCUUUGCCCAAGGCUCCCGUGCCGGAGGCGGGAAGGGGUGGGAACCACGCACUGAGGACGUGGGGAGAGUGCUGUUACAUUGGUGGGAACUGCAAUUACUUUCGUGAAUCAAAAUGUGUAUGAACGGUUGAUGGGAAACCAAUGUGCUCUGUAAACUUUCCCUCAAAUCAGAAUAAGAAAAAUGCUUUUAAAGUCUUCUACGUUGUAAAAGGGGCGUUGGUUUUCACUUUAUCUGAUCACUGAUUUGUCCAGAUUGCAUAAUAACCCCUAAAAUCAAGAAUUCUGUUGUGGGAAAAUUGUAUAAUCAGUAUUCAUCUCUUUGUCUUUGUCACUGUUCUUUAAUUACGUCAUUUGUAUUGUUUGAAAGUAUUUCUUCUAUGAAAUUAAACUAACCUGCCUUAAAAGCAAA